AUGUCUUCCUCCAGCGGCUACGGUUCGGCCCCGCCAUCCCAGCCAUGCCAGGUUCCGGAGUCGCCUUCAUCCACAUCUGCCGAAUACGGCUUGACGGAUCCCAAGAGCUUGGCCGAGUACCUGGAGCAUGCCAACAUCCGCCUGGUCCGGGCUCUUGCCUCGACGCCAAGAAGCCGAGGAGCGGGGCCUGGUGACGCAUGCAGAAGUGAGGGGGACGCCAUGAUCUGCUCGGUGUCCCACGCCUGGGAGAGCCGGGAGCAUCCGGAUCCAUGCGCCCACCAGUUGAAGUGCCUCGUCGACGUCGUGUCUCUCUUCGACGCCGCCUACUUCUCGGAUAUCUGGCUGUUUUACGACUAUGUGUCUCUGUUUCAGUUCGAGCGGGAGUUGGCAGCAGAAGAAGAGAGCUUCCGACGGUCGAUGCAGGACACGCACGUCUUGUACGCCCAUCAGUGCACGCGAACUUUCCGCAUAGAAAGCCUCACCCCAGACGAUGUCUGGGAAGCGGCGAGCAAGAAUUCUGAGUAUCGAGUGCGAGUGUACGAUGCAGCGAGCGAUUCGGUCCGCGAACGCAUGCUCAAAGAGCUCGUCGCGAACCGGGUUCUUUAUGGAACGCGCGGGUGGGGCAAGGCGGAGGUUGAGUGGUCCUCGGCCAGGAGCAGAUCGGAGCAGAACCACUGGAUCGAUGCUCCCGAGGCUCAAGAUAGAAACGAGGAAGGUAGGGAGGGUGAGCAAGAGCCAGAGCUGCCGGGCAAGGUGCCCAUGGCUCCGGAGAUUUUUGCGGAAGAGAUGAACUCGGCAGCCUUCACCCAUCGCUCCGAUGCCGAAGAGGUGAAGAAGCUGCAGUUCAAGGUUUUCCUCCAGAAAGUGUCCGAGUGCGUAGAGGCGCUCUUCGAACAUCUGCCCGAAGGGCAGCUGGGGCAGCUGGCAAAGGCCCUGCCUUACUUCAAGAAGCUGAAGGUGCUGAGGCUCCGGGCCUUUAAGGUGGGCCGAGCGGAGGCUGAGAAGUUCGCGAAGGCGCUGGCAUGCAACAAAACGAUCCGCGAGCUCGAGAUAAGUCGCCUGAGCUUCAGCUAUAAGCAUGAAAAUGGUUUUCUAUGGGAGGCGAUCGCCGAAGCGUUGAAGUGCAACUCCACCCUCACCAGCAUCAACCUUGAAAGCAGCGACAUCGGUGCGGAGGGUUGCAAGGCGAUUGGCGAAGCAUUGAAGACGAACUCCACACUGACCAGCAUCAACCUCGCAUGGUACUUCAUCGGCGAGGGGGGUGCCAAGGCGAUCUGCGAGGCGUUGAAGUACAACUCCACACUUACCAGCAUCAACCUUGAAAGCAACGACAUCAAUGCGGAGGGUGGCAAGGCGAUUGGCCAAGCAUUCAAGACCAACUCGACGCUCACCAGCAUCAACCUUCAAGCCACCGGCAUGGGCCGUGAGGGCGGUGAGGGUGCGAAGGCGAUCGCCGAAGCAUUGAAGAGCAACUCCACGCUCAACAGCAUUCAGCUCGCUCACAACCGCAUCGACGAUGAGGGUGGGAAGGCGAUUGGCGAAGCGUUGAAGAGCAACUCCACGCUCACCAGCAUCAACCUCGAAGGCAACCGCAUUGGCGAGGCGGGCGGCAAGGCGAUUGGCGAAGCGUUGAAGAGCAACUCCACGCUCACCAGCAUUCAGCUCGCUUACAACUGCAUCGACGAUGAGGGUGGGAAGGCGAUUGGCGAAGCGUUGAAGAGCAACUCCACGCUCACCAGCAUCAACCUCGCAGGCAACGACAUCAGCGAGCAGGUGCUUGCGGAGAUGCAGAAGAGCUGCCUACUCACGGAUUCUUGGUCGGCCGAGGCUGCAAGUACGGCCCCGGCUCCGGAAGCUGGAAUGGACUGGACGGGAAAAGUUCGUAUAGAGGAGCUCGCAGAGCGAUUGAAAGUACGCUGCAACCCCAGCAAGUUGAACCUCGAGGGGAGUGGUCUCCUCGUCGGAAUUGUAGAGCAGGUAGAGGCGAUCGCCGAAGCAUUGAAGACGAACUCCACACUGACCAGCAUCAACCUCGCAUGGUACUUCAUCGGCGAGGGGGGUGCCAAGGCGAUCUGCGAGGCGUUGAAGUGCAACUCCACACUUACCAGCAUCAACCUUGAACACAACGACAUCAAUGCGGAGGGUGGCAAGGCGAUUGGCCAAGCAUUGAAGACCAACUCGACGCUCACCAGCAUCAACCUUCAAGUCAACGGUCUUGGCGUCGAGGGUGGGAAGGCGCUUGCCGAGGCUCUGAAUAGCAACACAACAGUUUGCGAAAUUGAGCUCGCCAGAAACAACAUCCCCGCCGAGUGCGAGCAGGCUCUCAGUCAAGCUACUGGGGGAAGGUUGUCCUUUUUUUGA